UCUGGAGAAGAAUACCUUCUACUGGCCAUGCAUCCCUUAAAGUGGUCACUUGUGCUGAUGGCUGCACUUAGUUGCUGGGCAGGUGACAAAGACAAGGUUUCGGUGUCACAGCAUCCCAGAGAAAUCAACGCGUCGGUUGGAAUGGCAGCCAUGAUUGCCUGUGAGGCCAAUUACCACAGAGGGACUCCUGAACACACAGACAUGUACUGGUACAAAGGUGACAGGUGGGAUCAGCCAAUCCUGGCCUUUUCAAAGGACUCCACGUCCCUGUCCAGUCAAGAUAACCACCUGUACGUGCGUGGCAAUCUCUCCAAAGUUUAUAGCAUCCUGAUCAUUGACAAUCUGACACUGAAUGACUCCGGCGUUUACGUUUGCGAGGUAUCAGUCUCUCUACCUCCACCUCAUGUGACUGGAUAUGGAGAGGGAACCAGAUUAACAGUGCACGAGUCAAAUUCAUGUCAGACAUCGAAGGCCCCGCAAGAGAUGUGGCAACACACAAUUUUUCUAGCCAUUUUAGCUUAUAGCCUAGCUGUCACUAUUACGACGGUAUUACUUGGCGUCUUCGUGUGCGUCCAUAAGCAUUCAAAGAGCAAGCCGAAUUGUAAAAAAGCUCUCAGAGGUCAAGAGGAAUCCAACCUGACUUCUUUCAGAGAAUGUGCGUUACCUCUGAGUACAGACCGGGCCAGAGAGGCACAGAAUCAGGAGUAUGAAGACAUGGCACUCAUCAGAACCAUCAGUCAGAUACCAAGAUAAUGCAAGUUAAUAAUGCAAAUUCUACAGUGUGCAGUCCUAAGCUAUCCGCAAUAAGUGUUGGUUGGCUAAUCCACAUAUAUUUGAAGAACUAAAUUCCCUCUAUAGAAUUUCAGCUGUACUGCAUAAGUUUUUAUUUGGUAUGAGUUGGUGAACAUUAAUGUGAGGUGUCUUAAUUUGGAAAUAUAUUAUGCUCAAACCAUGAAAUCACCAGGAAAAGGCUAGAUUAGCAAAGAACGGGAAUCAGACAGCACUGGAAGCUGCUUGAAAGAACUGCCUAAUUAAUCCAAUUCCUCCUCAGAAAAGAUUUACAAGGAUG